AUGUCGGCAGUCAAUGCCAAUAUUUCCCGCUCUGUCUCUCUGGCGCUUGCUCAGCCUCGCCAGGAAGAGUCUGCGAUGGCCGCGGAUCCGCUCUCUACCUCCCACGCUCCCUCACAGGCUCCCAGCCUUUUAAGACCCGGUAAGUCUGGCCGGAAAAGACGACACUGUACAGACAUACUUAUCCAUCCCGCUGGAUUACCGGCUGAUGUGGAUGGCGUGAAACAUAAGACCUCAGUGCCUCCUGAGGAUAACAAUGCUUCGCGUGCUAGACCCCCAGCCCACGGGGAUUAUGUAAGUGGUCGGGCUUCUCGUUCCUCCAAACGAGUCAAACCAAACUCAUUUGUGGAUGAGUCGGAGGAUGAAUCUGACGUGAUGUCUGAACAUCUUGACACGGACGUGAGUGAGGAGGAUAAGGAUUUUGAUGAGGAGGCUGGCCCUUCGUCCGCCCCUGUCUCCAAGACGGAGCCCCCUUCUGGAGGCCCAGUGGACUCGUUAGGAGUCCCCUUUUUUAGCCCGGAUGACAUAACUCACCCCAGAUCCGGGGAGUGGACACCCUCUCCUCAGGUGUCUAACUAUAUUGAAACCUGGUUGCGCAAAUCAAUGGAUCGCGCCAACCGCAGUAAACUACGGGCAGAAUGCCCUAGGCCAUCUAUUGGCAAUAAUGUGGCGAUGAUGCCCGAAUUGGACCCCAUCCUGGUAAAAUACCUCCUUAAGUUGGGCAAAAAUCCAAGGAAGGGAAUAGACAAAUCCUUCAAAGGGGUACAGGACAAGCUUCUGGAUGUCCUGGGUCCCUUAACAAAAAUUUUGGACCUGUCCGAACAGGCGGUCGCUUCAGGCGCCCCUGUGAAUGCGGAGGUCCUAAGGGGGUGGGCGUUGCGAGCAGUAUGUAUGCUCGGCAACGCCAACACUGCCAUGUUGGCGGAAUGCCGUAGAUCUAUCCUGAUGCGGCUGGAUCCCCAACUGACUCACUUGGCCAGCGAUGAACCCGGUCCAUCUGCAGAUGGCCUUCUUUUUGGCGAGUCAUUUAUCAAAAACAUAAAUAUAUUUGUCGGCUUAUUCUCCAGCCUCGACAAAGCCCAGAGCUCCCUUAAGAAAUCUUCUCAUGGGAAGGUUUUCAACAAGGCUGGAAGGGGCAGGGGUCGUCCUUCCAGCCGUGGAUCAUAUUAUCGACCCUACAACAGAGGAACUGUGCAUUUCGUUCCAGACAGGCAGCAGUAUGCCCCCGCUCCGCCUACACAACCAGUCACCCCUUUCUUCCCGACCAGAGCCCGUCCAUGGAGGGCACGAGGAUCAGCGCGUGGCUACCCCAGGUCCAGGGGCGCAGGAUAUUGAAGAGUUCCUUAUCAGCUGGAGGUUCUAUCGUUGAAGUUACCCGUUGGUGACACUGUUUCUAGUUGAAGUUACUGUAUCCGGUUGGCUUCGCUUCGUUGGAGUUGGCUGUCUACCGGUGGAUAGGUCCCAGAUCCGCAUUGGACAGCUGGACUCCUGUUCCGGGUGGUGUUCUGGCAUUCGAGAGAUGGUUGUCUACUAGGAGGCUGCUUGACAUAAAGAAAGAGGAGGAGGAGGAGCUGCAGCCAGUUUAUAUAGGACUCCCUGUGUGUGGUCAUUGGUGGAGGAGAGAAAGGGGAGUCACUAUGGUUGCUAGGUACCUAGUUACCAGCAUUUUUUCUUUUAUGUUGUUAACACUUGCAUUUCUUUCUGCUAUUGGGCAAAAUAAAGAAGGAAUAUGCAUCUGAUACUCGCCUCC